AUGGCUUCUGCCACAAGAUGGUUCUGCCUACAACUGGGCUGCAUUAUGCUUGUUAGUCUGGUUAAUUCUGACUUUGAAUUUCAAAAGGGGGUGCUUGCCAGCAUCAGCCCUGGAAUCACAGAAGACAUUGAUCUCCAGUGUUGGAACACUUGCUCUUUGACAUUAAUAGAUCUCAAGGAACUCAAGAUAGAGCACAAUGUGGAUGCUUUCUGGAAUUUCAUGUUGUUUUUGCAAAAAUCUCAGCGGCCUGGACAUCAUCAUAUCUUCUUAAACAUAGCUCAGGAUUUCUGGGACAUGUAUAUAGACUGCUUGCUUUCAAGGUCUCAUGGAAUGGGUAGAAGACAGCUAGUGUCUUCCAGGUAUGAUUUUCCACAGAAAACAAGAGGAGGCAAUUUCAAUGUGUACUUAACAAAGUAG